AAUGGAAGAAAGGCACGGGCACAGCCCAUGGGAGCAGUUUAAGGAAAAAAGAAAAACAAGAAACGUCUCUUGUUGGGGGUAAUGAAAGAAAUGGGUAUAAGCGUGUGAAAUAAUUUCUCUCUUAUCUCAGAAUUCACAACAGACAGAUAUAUAGACACACACACACGGAAACAACCCUUCAAUCUUCAUCAUAUUCAUAUACAAUCUCUCUCUUUCUAUCUGUUGAAACGGUGUCGUGUUGAGCAUGGUUCGGUUCAGCAACAACGUGAUCGGGCUCUUGAACUUCCUGACCCUCCUCCUGUCGAUCCCGGUGUUGGUGGGAGGAGUGUGGCUGAGCAAGCAGGGGAGCAGCGAGUGCGAGCGGUGGCUGGAGAAGCCGGUGAUCGCGCUGGGCGUGUUCCUGAUGGUGGUGUCGAUCGCGGGGCUGGUGGGCGCGUGCUGCCGCGUGUCGUGGCUCCUCUGGGUCUACCUCCUCGUCAUGUUUCUGCUCAUCGUUCUCCUCUUCGCCUUCACCAUCUUCGCCUUUGUUGUUACCAACAAGGGCGCCGGCGAAGCCGUCUCGGGGAGAGGCUACAAGGAGUACAGGCUCGGGGAUUACUCUAAUUGGCUGCAGAAGAGGGUUGACAACCCCAACACCUGGAACAGGAUCAAGAGCUGCUUGAACUCUGGCAAGCUUUGCUCUGAAUUCCGUGAUAAGUUUAUCAACGACACCGUCACUCAGUUUUACACCGAGAACCUCUCCGCGCUUCAGUCUGGAUGCUGUAAGCCUUCAGAUGAUUGUCAUUUUACGUAUGAGGGUCCAACAAACUGGACAAAGAGCACAACUCCAUACACCAACACUGACUGUGAUUCUUGGAAUAAUGACCCCAACAUUUUGUGCUUCAAUUGUCAAUCAUGCAAGGCUGGCUUACUGCAAAACCUCAAGACUGAUUGGAAGAAGGUGGCCGUUGUGAACAUUGUUGUCUUGGUGUUCCUCAUUCUUGUGUACUCCAUAGGUUGUUGUGCAUUCAGGAAUAACAGGAGUGACAAUUGGAAGAGAUAUUAGGAUCAUUAGAUUCAGUAUUAUUAGCCUGUGUAGAUGAGUUUGCUAGGCCAUAUGAAGUGCUGGAUUUUUUAUUUUUUUAUAAUGGGCUUUAUAUAUGCUGUACUUAUACUGUUUGCAGUACAGUCUGUUAUGUAAAUUGCUCACUUUCCUAAUUCCUAGUAUCAUCUGUACGUAGAUAUUUCUGGACACUGCAUUUCCUUCUGUUUCAAUUCAACACCUUAUAUAGUCCAGUGCUGAUUGCUAAAUAA